AUCCGUUUUUCAUGAUUGCACUUGUUGGCAUGCUAUAAGUUUAAUAAGGGGCACUCCAUAUUUUACUUAUUGAGUUUAUCUUAUAGUCUUUCCUUGUCCACCAUUUCAGAUUUAUUUCUAUUCCUUGUGCUUCACAUGUCACCCCAGCCUCUAGUAGCUUAUCUCAUGGAAAGUUUCCGGAUCUGCCUUGCUCUGCUCCUCACCGCCGGCUGCUCCUGCUUUGUGGGGAUUUCCCUUGAAUUUCUCCUGCACUUGCCGCCGGCCUUCUUCCCCCUGCUAGGUCCUGUUUGCAGCUGGAAAAUCUGGUUCCCGAUCGUUCUGUCAGUUAGCACUGAGAUCGAGUUUUCGGUUUUAUGCGAGUGAGGUAAGUAAAUUUAUGGUAAUGCCUGUACAGUUUUUAAAAACAUGUUUUGACUUGUUUUUGAAGUGGUGGCGGGACUAAACCCGUUUUACACGAGCAUGACUGAUUUGAAGUGAAAUUUUUAUGCUUUUCAUUAAAUUGAGCAUGCCUACUUGAAAUUUAAUUGAUUGUCCUGAUGAUUUGAAAGUGAUUGGUGAAUUAUGAUUUUUCUGUGUUAACUUCUGCCUGUUUUGUCUCCGAUGUGGUUAUGUUAUUAAUGAUCCUGCUAGUGGGGGUUAAACGCUAGCACAUGUCGACAUGU